AUGGACGACGACUCUUUAAACUUUGGCUCUGAUGCCGCCGGCGCUACCCCCGGCAGUAAUCCAAUUCUUGCGCAGCCUCCGCUCCAGCGAGAUUCGGCGUCGCCAUCUGGUCGUGAAGGAAGCUCUGGCCAGGGGGGAGCAGCGAAUGAGUCUGCCGACGUUGACAUGGCAGAUAACGAUGGCAAUCAAACGGCCCCCGCCAUCAAAACCGAUACCUCAAACUCCACACCUGUAGUCGUUUCUGACAAUCCGCUCGACGCGCCAAAUGCACCACCACGAGACGGAGAUGCUAAGGAUGACGAGAUGGCGGAUGUAAAAAUCAGCCAGGAGCCUGGAGCGGAUGGUGCUCCAGCUACUUCGGAAGAGCAGACGGAGAAGACGAAAGCUUCGAUAGAAUCCUCUGCCCGAGAACACCUUAUAUCCCAAUCACAUUCUAUCAUUCUUCCAAGUUACAGCACAUGGUUUGAUAUGCAUACGGUCCAUUCGAUCGAGAGAAAAGCAGUACCAGAAUUCUUCAACAGUCGGAAUCGAAGUAAGACUCCAGCGGUAUACAAAGACUAUCGCGAUUUUAUGAUCAACACAUAUCGUCUGAAUCCAAUCGAAUACCUAACUGUUACUGCUUGUCGGCGAAAUCUGGCAGGUGAUGUCUGUGCCAUUAUGCGGGUUCACCAUUUCCUUGAGCAAUGGGGUCUGAUCAACUAUCAGGUCGAUGCCGAUCAGAGACCUUCGCCUGUUGGACCACCCUUUACUGGACACUUCAAAGUUAUCUGCGAUACACCUCGAGGAUUACAGCCAUGGCAGCCAGCUUCUGAUCCGACUCUGGUCAAAGGUAAAGACCAUCCAGACACUGAAGCAAAGGCCGCAGUGAGCGCGUCAGCGAAGCCGGACAGAAAUUUGGAGAUUGGACGAAAUGUAUACGAGGCAUCAGCUAGAGAGACCAAGGUUGCGAGCAAAACGCCAGAGAAGCAAGCGAACGGAGAUGCACCCGCCACAAAUGGAACUUCAGAUGCUUUGAAAUCCAUAGGAGACCUUCCCAAAUCUGUAUCUCAAGUCAAUUGUUUUACUUGUGGCAUUGACUGCACUCGCGUCCAUUACCACAAUUCGCAUGAGAACUCCUCCACAGCCCAGGGGACCAAGAUUCGAUACGACUUAUGUCCUAAUUGUUAUUCGGAUGGCAGAUUCCCAGCUAAUCAACUGAAAUCAUACUAUGUAAAAAUGGAGAAUCCAACCUACUCAUCAAUCCCUGACCGGGACGCACCUUGGGAUGACGCAGAAACUCUUCGUCUGCUCGAGGGUUUGGAGCGCUACGAUGAAGAUUGGGCGGAGAUUGCCGACUAUGUUGGGACUCGAACGAAGGAAGAAUGUGUGGUCAAAUUUCUGCAAUUCGAAAUUGUUGACAAAUUUAUUGAUGCUGAGCCAAACAGAAGUACUGGUAUCAGUAUGCUUGGCCCGCAAGAGGGACACUUGCCAUUUAGUCAAGCAGAUAAUCCGGUGAUGUCGGUCAUUGGAUUCCUUGCUGGGCUCACAGAGCCCAGUGUAACAGCAGCUGCAGCAAACAAAUCUGUGGAGGCAAUGAAGCAAAGCUUGCGCGAUCAGUUGGAAAAUCCCACUUCUGACAAAGGCAAGGCGAAGAGUAGUGAUUCCAUGGAUAUUGAUAUCAGACAAGAAACUACCACAACGACAACGACGACUACUACCACCACAAACUCGCUUAGCGCCCUUGCCACUGUUCCUCUAGCGACAGUCGCCGCUCGCGCUGGAGGGCUAGCUUCACAUGAAGAGCGUGAACUGACCCGUCUUGUGUCUGCGACUGUCAAUGCCCAAAUGCUCAAGAUGGAGUUGAAACUAAAGCAAUUCGAUGAACUAGAACAAAUUUUACAGGCGGAACGAAGGGAAAUAUCACGCGGUCGCCAACAGUUAUUCUUGGACCGUAUUGCGUUCAAGAAGCGAGUCAAUGACGUUCAAGAAGGCUUAAGAACUGCAGCCGCAACAGGUGGAAAUGAGGGAAUACAAAUGGCUCAGAAUGUAAUGAUGGGAACAGACAAGCUCACAUUCGCGAGUGCACAACCUAACACCAGCAAUCCAUUAGCUCCUAGUGCCGAAGGAACAGUAAAGAGUUAUGAGAUCUGA